AAUUGUCCGAGAAGACAUUUAUCUGCAUUUAUUUACUUCAUAAAAGAUGUUCGUCCAAAAGUCAAAGAGGAGAACCCAAAUGCAACCUUUGAAGAUAUUGCUCGUCUUUCGGCCGUAGCUUGGGAAAAUGCCCAGCCUUCGGUAAGAGAGAAGUAUCUCAAGAUUGCUCUUCAAGACAAGCAAAGAUGGGAGAGAGAAUUCAAAGUCUACCAACAG